AAGCAAACAGUGAGUUCCUGGGACGGGAGGCUGCAGCCCAGCCUCAGCCUGCCGGAGCAGUCCAGGAGCCAGGCGCCAUGAGGCUGCUGGUCCCAGCUCUGAUGCUGGGUUUGCUCUGCGGAGCUUUUGCAGCUGAAGAGUCGUGUGUGGGCCGUUGCGAGGAUGGUUUCCAUGCCCAGAGGAAGUGCCAGUGUGACGCCCUCUGUGUGUACUACCAGAGCUGCUGCAGUGACUACGCGAGGGCCUGCAAGUCGAAAGUGACCCGCGGGGACAUGUUUGCGUUCCCUGAGGACGACUACAUGGACUACAGCACCAAUGCUACGUUGGGUGAAACCACAGAGACCCUCGACACAGGGACUGACCCCCCAACCACAUCUCCAGACCCAGUCACUGCUGCCACUGUCGAUUCAGUCACAGUGCCAGGCAGUGAGGACCACCUGCUGGUCCCCAGUGAGCCGGAAGAGGUGGAGCACGUGCAGCAGGAGGAGGUGGAGGAGCUGUGCAGCGGGAAGCCCUUUGAUGCAUUCACGGACCUGAAGAACGGUUCUCUCUAUGCAUUCCGAGGGAAAUACGUCUAUGAACUGGACGAGAAGAGCGUGAGGCCCGGCUACCCCAAGCUCAUCCGCGAUGUCUGGGGCAUCGAGGGGCCCGUCGAUGCCGCCUUCACACGCAUUAACUGUCAGGGCAAGACCUACAUUUUCCAGGGCAGUCAGUACUGGCGCUUCAACGACGGUGCCCUGGACCCCGGCUACCCCCGCAAUAUCUCGGACGGCUUCCAGGACAUCCCUGAUGACAUCGACGCAGCCUUCGCCCUCCCCGCGCACAGCUACCAUGGCCAGGAGAGAGUCUAUUUCUUUAAAGACAAGCAUUACUGGGCGUACGACUUUGCCAACCAGCCCAGCCGGCAGGACUGCGAGGUGUCCUCCCCAUCGCUGGUGUUUGAUCACUACGCGCUCAUGCAGGGCGACAGCUGGGAGGACCUCUUCCAACUGCUCUUUGGGGGCACCCCGCACAGUGGGGCCAGUGGACCGCGGUACAUCAGCAGAGACUGGAGGGGGGUGCCGAGACACCUGGAUGCUGCCAUGGCCGGCAGGAUCUACGUCUCCUCGAAGGCUAGCAGCUGGGCUCGAAGGAGGAAAUCCCGCCGGCACCGCAAGAAGUACAGGAGCCGGCGGCCGGCAGCUCACACCUUCUGGGACUGGCUCCAGGAUGAAUCCGAUUCCUCGGACACGGACCCUGACUGGCUGCCCGGGGGCUCCCAGUGCCAGCCCAUCCAGAGCGUCUACUUCUUCGUGGCAGACAAGUACUAUCGCCUCAACCUGCGCAGCAAGCGCGUGGACUUCGUGCGCCCUCGCUACCCUCGCCCCAUCGCUCAGUACUGGCUGGGCUGCCCAUGAGCGGGAGAGGGGAGCCCCCAAGGGGAUGGGCUGCCGCCGUCCCGCCAUAUCCACAGCAGCUGGGUCUUUCGCUAAAGCCAAAUAAACAGGGAGCUCUGUGUCA